UCUUCAGUCAAGGCAGAGAUCAGGAGCAGGUGAAUGGAAAUGGAAAGCAUUUAUGCCAAACAAUCCUCAACCAAAGCUGAAGUGAGUUCAGGAAGCCUGGGUGUUUGUGGCUGGUUUCUGGUGAUCCUUUCUAGCUUGUUAACAUUCACGCUGUUCCCUCUGACCAUCUGGUUCUGCAUCAAGAUAGUUCAGGAGUAUGAACGGGCUGUCAUCUUCAGACUGGGCCGGAUUACAGAUCGGAAAGCCAAGGGACCCGGCAUCUUCUUUGUACUGCCAUGCACUGACUCCUUUGUGAAAGUGGACCUGAGAACCGUGUCAUUUGACAUCCCUCCCCAGGAGAUCCUGACUAAGGACUCCGUGACGGUGUGUGUUGAUGGGGUCGUGUACUUCCGGGUCAGUGACCCCAUCUCCUCCGUGGCAAAUGUGUCCAACUCUAACUACUCAACCCGACUCCUGGCCCAGACCACCCUGAGGAACGUCCUGGGAACCAAGAACCUGGCAGAGCUGCUGUCAGACCGUGAAGGAAUCUCACACAGUAUGCAGGCCAGUCUGGCUGAGGCUACUGACCCAUGGGGCAUCAUGGUAGAGCGUGUGGAGAUUAAGGAUGUGAAGCUGCCCCAACAGUUGCAGAGAGCCAUGGCAGCAGAGGCAGAGGCCAGCCGAGAGGCCAGAGCGAAGGUGAUAGCAGCAGAGGGGGAGAUGAACGCCUCCCGAGCCCUGAAGGAGGCGUCUCUAGUGAUCUCAGAGUCUCCGUCUGGUCUCCAGCUGCGCUACCUCCAGACCCUCACCACCAUCGCUGCAGAGAAGAACUCCACCAUCAUCUUCCCUCUGCCCAUGGAUGUCAUCAGCCACUUCAUGAGGAAGUGAUGUCAUCAACAGUCAGCUAUAAACCACUCAUGUCUUGUGAAAAAGGUUUUGGGAAAGGUUUUAACUAAAUGUCAUAAAUUCUGUAGAAAUAAUUUUUAAAUAAUUGGUUUUAGUUUGGAUUGUAUUGAAAGAGAUGUUGGAAUUAAGACAGUGGGAAAACAUACACAUAAUGUAAGUCACUCAGGAUAAGAGCUUGUGCUAAAUGACAGCGUACAAAUGAAGUGUACAUCUGUCAGUUAAGAUCACUGUUUGACCCUUUUUGUUUUAACCCUUAACUAACUGUAACUGUUAGUGUACUGAAUGCUUGUAAUAAGAUUUUGGUCAAUUUCUUUUUGCGUUGUUUUACAUUUCACAUUAAAAUGAGUCAGAUCUUUUGUGAAUGCAGUAAUGCUGUCAAUGGAGGGAGUCUGAUAGAAAACAUUA